UGAACAGGAAGUUGAGUCAACUAACAAAUCUAGUGCUAAUGAUACCACGAAACUGUAAUGUGUGAGGGGCAGGCAAUAAUGGAAAUGGCGUGGCAACCGCAAGAAGAAGGUUUAAGGCAAAUACUGAAACUUCUGAAGGAGUCGCAGUCUCCUGAUACAGCAACGCAGAGAGCUGUCCAACAAAAAUUGGAAGAAUUAAAUAAAUUUCCGGACUUCAACAACUACCUGAUAUUUGUGUUAACUAAAUUAACAUCAGAGGAUGAACCUACAAGGUCUUUGAGUGGCCUGAUUCUGAAGAAUAAUGUGAAGGCCCAUUUUCACAAGUUCCUCCCAGUGGUGACAGAGUUUAUUAAGCAAGAAUGCCUCUCAGCGGUCGGCGAUCCAUCGCCUUUAAUCAGAGCCACUGUUGGGAUCCUUAUCACAACUAUUGCGUCAAAGGGGGAGCUGACGACAUGGCCUGAGCUGCUUCCUGCUCUUUGCAGUAUGUUGGACUCUCAAGACUACAAUGUCUGUGAAGGUUCAUUUGGAGCACUCCAGAAGAUCUGCGAGGACUCAGCUGAGCUGCUGGAUAGUGAUGCUCUUAAUCGUCCACUUAACGUUCUCAUCCCAAAAUUCCUGCAGUUCUUCAGACAUUCAAGUCCAAAAAUAAGAUCUCAUGCCAUUGCUUGUGUAAACCAGUUCAUCAUCACCAGGACACAGGCAUUAAUGAUCCACAUUGAUUCAUUUUUAGAGAAUCUGUUCCACCUUGCCACUGAUGAUGAUCCAGAGGUGCGUAAGAACGUGUGCCGUGCUCUGGUGAUGCUCCUGGAAGUUAGAAUGGACAGACUUAUUCCUCACAUGCAUAAUAUUAUUGAGUAUAUGUUGAUGAGAACCCAGGACCCAGAUGAAGGAGUAGCCCUGGAAGCUUGCGAGUUCUGGCUUUCAUUAGCUGACCAACCAAUUUGCAAAGGAGCGUUAUCUCCGCAUCUAACGAGGCUUGUCCCUGUCCUUGUACGAGGGAUGAAGUACUCUGAGAUAGAUGUAAUAUUGCUCAAGGGAUCAAAGAACUUGAAUUGGCAGCAGGGUGAUGUCGAGGAAGAUGAAAUGAUUCCAGACCGAGAAGAAGACAUCAGGCCAAGGUUUCACAAAUCAAGAACUCACACUAUCAAACAUGCCGAAGAAAAUGGCGAGGAGAUAGAAGAAGAUGAUGAUGGAAUGGAUGAUGACAGUUCGUUGUCAGAUUGGAACCUCAGGAAGUGCAGUGCUGCUGCUCUGGACGUGCUUGCUAAUGUGUUCCGGGAAGAGCUGCUUCCUGUAUUAGUGCCGAUCCUUAAGGAAACACUUUUUCAUCAAGAAUGGGAAAUUAAAGAGUCUGGCAUUCUUGCUUUAGGGGCCAUCGCAGAAGGCUGCAUGACUGGAAUGAUCCCACAUCUCACAGAAUUAAUUCCUUACCUGAUCAACUGUUUGUCAGACAAGAAAGCUCUUGUGAGGGCCAUCACAUGUUGGACACUUAGCCGUUACUCACACUGGGUUGUGAGUCAGCCUCAUGAUAACUACCUCAAGCCGCUCAUGACGGAGCUGUUGAAAAGGGUGUUGGACGGUAACAAACGAGUUCAAGAAGCAGCGUGUUCAGCAUUUGCGACUCUUGAAGAGGAAGCCUGCACAGAACUGGUUCCAUAUUUGGGAUUCAUCCUGGAAACAUUGGUGUUUGCCUUCAGCAAGUAUCAGCACAAGAACCUGUUAAUCCUGUAUGAUGCUAUUGGCACGCUGGCAGACUCAGUUGGGCAUCAUCUCAAUAAACCUGAUUACAUCAAUCUUCUAAUGCCACCUCUCAUUCAGAAAUGGAACAUCUUGAAGGAUGAGGAUAAGGAUCUUUUUCCUCUUCUAGAGUGCCUGUCGAGUGUAGCAACUGCCCUGCAGUCAGGUUUCCUUCCAUACUGUGAACCAGUGUAUCGGCGGUGCGUUUCUCUAGUUGAGCAGACACUAAACCAACACAUUGCAAACACGCAAAAUCCUGAACAGUUUGAGGCUCCGGACAAGGACUUCAUGAUUGUGGCUCUGGAUCUGCUGUCUGGGCUGGCGGAGGGUCUCGAUGGCCACAUAGAGAAACUAGUGAUAAACUCAAACAUAAUGCAGCUGCUCUACCAGUGCAUGCAGGACCCGAUGCCCGAGGUGCGCCAGAGCUCUUUUGCACUGCUUGGCGAUCUGACAAAGGCUUGCUUCCAGCAUGUUCUACCUUGUAUAUCUGACUUUCUUCCUAUUCUUGGGCAGAAUUUAAAUCCAGAAUUUAUAUCAGUGUGCAAUAAUGCUACCUGGGCUAUCGGAGAAAUAUCUAUAAAGCUUGGUCAGGAUACAAGACCAUACAUACCACUGGUCCUUAGUCAGCUGAUUAUAAUAAUCAACAAACCAAAUACUCCAAAGACAUUACUAGAAAAUACAGCCAUAACUAUUGGCCGGCUAGGUUAUGUGUGCCCUCAUGACGUCGCCCCUCUGUUACAGCAGUUUGUUCGCCAGUGGUGCACAUCAUUGCGCAACAUUCGUGACAACGAGGAGAAAGAUAGUGCAUUCCGUGGUAUGUGUCAGAUGAUUACUGUAAACCCGGCAGGAGUUGUGCAGGAUUUCAUAUUUUUUUGUGAUGCUGUUGCAUCAUGGAUGAAUCCUAAAGAGGACUUGAAAGAAAUGUUUAACAAGAUCCUCCAUGGAUUCAAAAACCAAGUGGGUGAGGAGAAUUGGAAAAGGUUUUCUGAUCAGUUUCCUCCUCAGCUCAAGGAGCGGUUGGCAGGCAUGUAUGGUGUCUGAACUACUAACACAGGUAGUGUGGGGACAAGACGCACCCUCGUGUGUGAUCGGGGGUACAACAGGGACCGGGGUGGGUGGGUGAAACCACUUUACAAGAGGAACAUCAACUACAACAGUUGCCACGGGGAUAUACUGUUGUCAGCAGCGGGGCAGGGUGGGGCGGGGUGAGCCUUUGUGCGGGCCG